AUGGGGUCGCGCGCACUGUUUCCACUGUUAUGCUUCCUUGUCCAGGCAGCCGCAGUGCACGGCCAGUCAGUCUCAGGUGAGGAAACUCUCUCUAUCGCGCCUCCAAACGGAUCUCUGAUCUUCAUAAUAACGAACCAUUGGUGUGGUCUUCUCAGGAUUCAUUAGCAUAGACUGCGGUCUGGAGGGCGACUCAAACUACACAGAGCAGUUCUCGGGGAUCAUCUACUCGCCGGACGCCGGGUACGUCAACGACGGCGUGAACGUGGACAUCCCCCGGGGACCCUUGUACGGGUCCCUCGCCCAGAGGUAUCCCCGAAGCCUGCAAUCCUGCGUUUUUCCGUUAGAUGAUUUAAGCGACGUGGGAUUCUUCCGACAGAUAUUUGACCAUGAGAAGUUUCCCGAACGGGACUCGGAACUGCUACACGAUGGGCCCUGUGAAGGAGGGCGGCAAGUACCUGUUGAGAGCCGAGUUCUUGUACGGCAAUUACGAUGGCAAGAACCAGCCGCCGCAGUUCGAUCUGUACCUGGGCGUGAACCUCUGGCAGACGGUGAAUACGGAUCACACUGUGAUAGCGGAGAUCAUCGCCAUCUCCCCUACAAAGGUGUUGCAAGUCUGCCUGCUGAACACCGGCAUGGGGACCCCCUUCAUUUCUGUCCUGGAGGUGAGGCCCCUUCCAGGUUUCAUGUACCCUCUCGUCAACGAAUCCCAGUCGCUGGUUCUAAACGGGAGACGGGUCGACUACGGCGGAAACGAAACCACCAGGUCAGAGCACUUAAUCUGUCGCCCUGCGUCUCCCUCUUCCUCUGUCUCUCUCUGUCUCCCUCUGUCUCUCUGUCUCUGUCUCUGUCUCUGUCUGUCUGUCUGUCUCUCCCUCUCGCUGGACUAAAUACGGCGACAGGUAUCCAGUGGAUCCUUACGACCGCAUCUGGUUCGGCAACGUUACCCAGACGGGGUGGAGUACGGUAACGGCGAACGGGGACAUCAACAGACCGGAGGCAGACAUAUGGGUGGUGCCAGGGGAGAUUCUGAGGACGGCGACCGUCACCGAGAGCUUGGUCUUCUACUUCUCAGGUGGCCCACAGGAGAAGCUCUACCUGUUCUUAUACUUCGUGGAGCUCCAGCAGCUCGGACCCAACGAGACGAGGGAGUUCAACGUACUCUCCAACGGUCAACUAUUGUAUGGACAGUACAGGCCAACGUACCUGAAUUCAGGCGUUCUAUAUAGCUUACGGCCUGUGCCGUAUAGUCUGAAAACGACGUAUAACUUCACACUCGAGGCCACGGCAAAUUCUACCUUACCUCCUAUGAUCAACGCCCACGAGAUCUACAGCUUGAAGCAACAGGAGGAGUCUCCCACCGACGCUCUCGACGGUGAGUCGCCGUUUUCACACCUCCACCCUCUGCGCUGUGAUUCUCGGUUUCAUUCCUUAAUCAGACAAUCAUUUCAAGAAUCUUCUGCUCUAUUCAGAUCGCUUGCUUGAUCCUUCUCUGUAGUUGUUCUCGGUUGUUGGUAAUUUCUUUUUUGUACAUCUUUAUCUCGGGCUGAAUUUUCUCCUCAUAAAAGUUUUCAGACGCAUCAAUAAAGGCUUGUCCUUUUCAUUCAAUCCCAAAAGUACUGGGUUUAUUUUCAGAUCAUUAGGUUUCUGUUGUCAUUCUUGCCGACGCGGUCAACUCUAUUAAAAAAGCCUUUAUUUUUUUCGACAUGACAGCUACCGCGAUGCUGAAGAUCAAAGAUUUCUACAAAGUGAAGAAGAAUUGGCAAGGGGACCCGUGUGUUCCCCGAAAUCUGACGUGGGAAGGGGUGAGCUGCGGCUACGACGACUCGAAGAACCCUCUGAUCGUGUCUCUGUGAGUUAUUUCUCCUUGAAAAGAUCACUCGGCGCACAGCACAUAAUCUACAACAAGCCUGUUGUCUAGCACGACCUCGAUCAUUGAAAGGGUGUUGAAACUCCUUGCAGGAAUUUGUCCCACAGUGGACUAGCAGGCGGAAUUUCUCCAUUUAUAGUGGAACUCACGGCUCUAACGACUUUGUGAGGUUUUUUGACCCUGUCCCCUAUUUCGAGGUGCAUUAACUUGACUGGUUUAUUUUCCCCCUUUAUAUAUAUCCCAGGGACUUAUCACAUAACAAUUUAACUGGAGAAAUUCCUAGUGAUCUUGGAAAGUUGCCGAAUCUUCAAGUCUUGUAGGUUUUUGAAACCUUUGGCUUCGUUAGUUUUAGAAAUAUGUUGACAGAAGAGUUAAUGAUGUUUUUUUCUAUUUUUCAGGAACCUGAUAAACAACCAACUGACCGGAUUCAUACCGGAAAUUCUUUACAAAAAAUCACAAAAUGGCACACUCUCAUUAAGGUUAGGUGUUUAUUUAGAUGCAUCUUCAACUGUGUUUAGGUAAAGGAUUUAAAACUAAUUAAAUCUCUCAAGAAAUUUAACUCAUUGCCACAUUGAUCUCCAAGGUGGAUGUUUUCCGAAUUAUGAGUGGCUAAAAGUUAAAACGUAAAGAAAAAAGGGAUCAAAAUUCCACAAAACCUAUAAUUCUGUCCAUGUCACGAAUUAGUGAGAUCGAAUACGACCAUACCAGGCCAAAGAAAAAACAAUAUAUUUUACAUUUUUAUUUACAUGAUUAGAGAGUUAGCAGAAAUGAGGAAGAUGUUUAACGAGAACUUGAAUUGACAUCUAGUACUAAUUUCAACUUUGUUUAUUUUAAAAUUUACGAGAAAUGGAGAGACAUGAUAACCUCUGUUCGAAAAACUAUCACACAAGAACAAAAUUUAUAAACUCAUGAUAAAAUGGCAUGUUGGAGAAUAUUUCCUUUUUAUAUUUUUUUUAUGGUGUGAUGAUUUUUAAUACAUAGACGAAUUUGGAUCAAUUAAUAAAAUGGCCUUUUUCUAUAUGAUGAAAGUGAUACCUUACAAGAGAUUAAAAUAUUCAAAAUUAAUUAUUAAGGUUGUGAUUAAUACUCCAUGGGUUUGAUGGGAUUUAAGCACUAAAAUGACAUGUUUUUCCUUAAAAACUGCAGCACUGAGGGCAACACACAACUUUGCAACAAUACGGUUUCAUGCAAAAUAAUAGGUGGAAAAAAGAAGAAUAUCGUUCCCAUUGCAGUAGGAAUAUCAGUAUCCGCCAUUGUGCUCUUGGGAAUAUUUAUCCUGGUGUGGAGACUUAAAGGAAGAAAGAGAGGCACCGUACGAAGUGCACCUCAUGGUAUGACCAUAUUCUUAUGCUGUUCUUAAUAUUUACUUUACUCAAUAGUGGAAUACCCAAUUAGGAUCUUCUUGAUAUAUUUCUGGCAUAAUUCUUUCUUCAGCACCAGGGAUACCUAGUAAAAAUUCAAGAGACAGGAUAGAUCCUCAAGCCAAAAGGCAACAACAUGAUUUGAAUAUGGAGAGCCAACAAUUCUCGAUUUCAGAUAUUGUAAACAUUACCAGAAACUUUGAGCGUAUGAUAGGCAGAGGAGGCUUUGGAAUUGUUUACCAUGGGUUAUUGAAUGACGGAAGAGAAGUAGCAGUAAAGAUGAUUUCCAAAUCUUCCCAAGGAGAAAAAGAGUUUCAUGCAGAAGUAAGCCAUAAUCAUGGAGAUGGGAAAUGACUACAAUAUUGAUAUUUUUUCUUACUUUCUUUGGUUAAAUCUUUAAGUCAUACACUACCGUCAUCAUAAUGGGUAUUUUUGAAUUUCAGGUCCAAAUCCUGUUGAGGGUCCACCAUAAAAAUCUUGUGUAUUUGCUGGGGUAUUGUGAUGACAGGAAUAAUCUAGCACUUGUUUACGAGUACAUGCAGAAAGGCUCCCUUGCAGAUUUUUUAUCAGGUUUCUAUAUAAAAAAUUAAUUCUCUAGAUCUUUUCAAUAUUUUUCUAGUUUCCUAAAAAAUUUAUCUUGUAGGAGAAAUCUCUCUCUGUUUCUCUCUCUCUCUCUCUCUCUCUCUUCCUCUCUUUGUGUGGCUCACUCGCUGUGUAUGUUGAACACACGUUUACAUGGAAACAGGUAACAAAGAAGACAUUGGACUAAAUUGGAGCAUGCGACUCAAAAUAGCACUAGAUGUGGCUCAGGGUACCCAUAUUUCGAAAUAGUUUAUAUAAAUACACACAUUUACUUUUUCAUCUCCCAAUUGAAAUACACUACUGAUAAAAUCUUCACUCGCAGGACUUGACUACUUGCACAGUUUCUGCAAGCCAUCCAUAGUCCAUAGAGAUGUAAAGACAGGAAACAUUCUAUUAAAUGCAAAACUUGAAGCCAAAUUAGGAGAUUUUGGGUUAUCUAAGCUAUUUUCUCAUGAAGAUGCCACCCAUAUAUCAACUGCAGUUGCUGGCACUCCAGGAUAUCUCGAUCCAGAGUAUGUCAGGUUUUUCAACUUCAUUACAAGUAAUAAUGACCGCAAAAAGUGAUAUCUCUGAAGAAGUAGACAUACUUUUGACAUCUUUCAUUACAGGUACUAUCAAACAUAUAGACUAACCGAGAAGAGUGAUAUCUACAGUUUCGGAAUCGUCCUAUUGGAGAUUAUAUCUGGCAAGUCUCCAAUCAGCCGUGACCCACAAAGUGCUCCAAUAGUGUCAUGGGUGCAGUCUAGACUCGAAAGAGGAGAUAUAUCCAGCAUAGCCGACCAAAGAUUGAACAAUGGUUAUGAUCUUAAUUCUAUAUGGAAAGCAGCAGAGGUUGCCAUGGCAUGUGCAUCACCUACAUUGAGCUGUAGACCAAAAAUGAGUGAAGUAGUUGCGCUACUGAAGGAGUGCUUGGAAUCUAUAGCUUCGCAUGACAUAUCAGGGAGUUUCAGCAUGGAGAGGUCAAAUUCAAAUUAUACUGGGCCUACUGUUUUUUAUUCAAGCACAAUCCCAUUAGCAAGGUAG